AUGAGAGUCCUCAUCAUCGGCGCAGGUCUCGGCGGCCUCGCUUGCGCCAUAGCCUGUAGAAGAGAGGGGUUCGAGGUGGUGGUUCUCGAGAGGGCGAAUAGACUGGUCCCGAUCGGCGCAGGUCUUCAGCUCCCACCCAACGGGACUAGAAUCGCAAGACAACUAGGCUACCUCGACAAACUCCUCCAAUGCGGGGUCGUCAUCGACGGGAUGGAGUACCGCAGGUACGCAGACGGCGCGCACCUGCACACGCUCUCGGCCAAGGACGCGCAGGUCCGGUACGGCGAUCUGUGGAUGGUUGUGCACCGGGCCGAUUUGCAUUACAUUCUGUGGCAGACGUGCAAGGAGAUUGGCGUGGAUCUGUGUCUCGAUAUGGAUGUGGAGAGGAUUGAUUUUGACAAAAAGAGGGUGUAUCUCGAGGACGGGGAUGAUAUCGGCGGGGAUGUGAUUAUUGGUGCUGAUGGGCUCUGGUCUAUUUGUCGUGAUCAGCUUCUUGGAACGGCUUCGCCGCCUGUUGAGACGGGGGAUCUGGCCUAUCGCGCUACGUUUCCGUUUGACUACCUCAAAGCUCUGAAUGAUCCCCGGGUCGACGAUCUUUGUGCGCGGAAGCAGGCUACGGUGUGGAUGGGACCCGACAAGCACACCGUGUUCUACCCCGUCAGAGGCGGGCGGGAGUUUAACCUCGUGCUCAUCAGGCCGGAUAACAUGGAACCGGGAGAGAAGCGCGUGCAGGGUGACAUCGAAGAGAUGAGGGAAAGCUAUCGCGGAUGGGAUGAUACAUUGACAAAGCUCAUCUCGUUGAUACCGAGAGUGCAAAAGUGGAAGCUGUGCACACACCCCAAGUUAAAGACGUGGACCAAGGGCUGCUUCGCUCUCCUGGGCGACUCGUGCCAUCCAAGUCUCCCGUACCAAGCUCAGGGCGCAGCCAUGGCUGUCGAAGACGGCGCCGUGAUUGGGAGGCUUCUGGGCCUCUUGAAGAGCUCCUUGGGGAUAGAAAACAUGGUACCACAGAUUCCCGAGAUCUUGAAGCUAUAUGAGACGCUUCGGAAAGACCGGACGACGCUGAACGUGCAGGGCGCGACUUCGAAUCGGAAAUGGUAUCAUGUUCGUGACGGGCCGGAGCAGGAGGCUCGCGAUGCGGAGAUGACGGGUGCACCGCUGUCGGACGGGCUGUCGCCGACGGGGUGGCGGUUAAUGGAUGAGGAUUAUCGGAUGGAGUUGAUGGGGCGGGACUCGGUAGCAGAAGCCAUUGAGGCCUUCCAAGAGUGGGAACAAAAACAAGCCUGA